GGAGAUUGAGAUACACGACCAACGUCGUCGUUUCCAGUAGGUAACCAUUUCUGCUCAGCCUCGUCUUCGCCCCCGCCGUUGCAACACCCGACCGACAGCGAGCUUUCUUCAGAAGCCGCCAUCGACGAUGGCGCUGCUCAAGCGAGGCGCGCGCCUCCGCCUCACCCCUCUCUCCGGCAGUCCUCUCUCUUACUCCACCAGCCACCUUCAAGAACGCGAAGAAGGAGAAGAAGAAGGAGGAGGAGGAGGAGGAGGGCCCGGAAGCCGCGAGCCUCCCGAGCUCGCCCCCUCUCCUCCUCUUUCCCCCGAAGAAACCCUAGUGGCCGACAACCUCCACGCCCUGAUCAGGGAGCACCACCGCCGGAACCCCAGCCCCGUCGGAACCCUCGGCCUCGCCCCGCCGGACCCUCGCCUCGCCAUCCCCGCCCUCUCCCUCGACCUCGCCCGGGCCUAUCCCCCCGGCUCCGGCUCCCGCUCCCUCUCCCCCGCCGUCGUCCGCCGCGUCGUCGAGAAAUGCGGGGACCUCCGCCACGGCAUCCCCUUCCUCCAGGCGCUCGCGUUCUUCAACUGGGCCGCGGCGCAGGCGGAGCUCGCGUCCCCCGCUCCUUACAACGAGAUGAUCGACCUCGCCGGGAAGGUGCGCCAGUUCGACGUGGCGUGGCACUUGAUAGACGCCAUGAAGUCGCGAGGUAUCGAGAUUAAGAUCGGGACUUUCGCGAUUUUGAUUCGUCGUUAUGUUAGGGCGGGAUUGGCCGCCGAGGCUGUCCACGCCUUUAACCGGAUGGAGGAGUAUGAUUGCCGGCCUGAUAAGGUCGCCUUCUCGAUUGUUAUCAGUAUGUUGAGUAAGAAGAGGAGGGCAGUCGAAGCUCAAUCCUUUUUUGAUAGUCUGAAGGAUAGGUUUGAGCCUGAUGUCGUUGUGUACACUAGCUUGAUUCACGGGUGGUGCCGAGCUGGUAAUAUCUCUGAGGCGGAGAGGGUGUUUGGGGACAUGAAGAAGCUGGGGAUAAAGCCCAAUGUGUAUACUUAUAGCAUUGUGAUUGAUGCUCUGUGUAGGUGUGGGCAAAUUACCCGUGCCCAUGAUGUUUUUGCGGAGAUGCUUGAUGUUGGGUGCACACCGAAUUCGAUAACCUUUAACAAUUUGAUGCGAGUUCAUGUGAAAGCCGGCAGGACCGAGAAGGUGUUGCAGGUGUAUAAUCAGAUGAAGAGGCUCGGGUGUCCUGCGGAUACAAUAACGUAUAAUUUUCUCAUUGAGACUCAUUGUAAAGACGAAAGUCAUGAGGAAGCUAUGAAGGUGCUUAAUUCGAUGGUUAAGAAAGGCUGCAGCCCCAAUGCAUCCACUUUCAAUCCGAUAUUUAGAUGCAUUGCGAAAUUGAGAGAUGUAAACGGUGCUCACAGGUUGUAUGCUAGGAUGAAGGACUUGAAAUGUCUGCCUAAUACAGUGACGUACAAUAUACUGAUGCGGAUGUUCUCCGACUCAAAGUCAACUGAUAUGGUCAUCAAGUUGAAGAAGGAAAUGGAUGAGAAUAAUGUGGAGCCCAAUGUGAACACAUACCGGAUUUUGAUCUCCAUGUACUGUGGGAUGGGGCAUUGGAACAAUGCCUACAAGUAUUUUCUAGAAAUGAUCCAAGCCAAGUGCUUGAAACCUGGUUUGCCUGUUUAUCAGAUGGUUCUAGAGCAGCUUAGGAAGGCAGGGCAGCUGAAGAAGCAUGAGGAGUUAGUGGAGAAAAUGGUGGAUAGGGGAUUCGUUACUCGACCUUUGUAGGAAUGUGCUCACCUGCAUAUGCAGGUCAAGUAAGUUACACAAUGCCCUAGCAUUAGUUCCCUGACAAUCUUUUUUGUUUUUCAUCAUCUUGAAAUGCAUUUGAUUAGAGUUUAGCAUUUGACUUUUAUUCGGUGCAACAAUACAUCGGUUCAUUUUGGUACUGUAGGUUUUCCCUACAUUUCUUCAAUGUGGAACUAUACUUUGUUGCUUGUUUGUAACUCAAAGCAAAUUUUGGUAUGAAACAUAUUUAUUGGUGAUC